CAGUAGUCGAGACGAGACGUAACAAAUGCAUGGAUAAUGAUCUCAGCGUCUUUAGUGGAAAGAAUGGAGAGAAUUUUAGCGAUAUUACGGAGAUGAAAGAAGGCCGUUUUAGUAACGCUUUUAAUGUGUGACUCAGAGAGAGUUGGGUCAAAGAUAAUACCCAGAUUCUUUACCGUGUCGCCUUGUUUAAUUGUUUGGUUGUCAAAUGUUAGAGUUGUAUUAUUAAAUAGAGGUCGGUGUCUAGCAGGACCGAUAAUCAGCAUUUCCGUUUUUUUGGCGUUAAGUUGCAAAAAGUAAUAAUAAUACGUUACAGUAAUCGAGGCGAGACAUAACAAACGCAUGGAUAAUGAUCUCAGCGUCUUUAGUGGAAAGAAUGGAGAGAAUUUUAGCGAUAUUACGGAGAUGAAAGAAGGCCGUUUUAGUAACGCUUUUAAUGUUUGACUCAAAGGAGAGAGUUGGGUCAAAGAUAAUACCCAGAUUCUUUACCGUGUCGCCUUGUUUAAUUGUUUGGUUGUCAAAUGUUAGAGUUGUAUUAUUAAAUAGAGGUCGGUGUCUAGCAGGAUCGAUAAUCAGCAUUUCCGUUUUUUUUGGCGUUAAGUUGCAAAAAGUAAUAAUAAUACGUUACAGUAAUCGAGGCGAGACGUAACAAACGCAUGGAUAAUGAUCUCAGGGUCUUUAUGUGUAAUGUGUAACCUAACUCACAGGGAGGAGCUAUUGCAGAGCCUUGCAAUCGUGCAGCACUGCCUCCUGGGGGCUGGCAGCAUGCUUCCCCCACUGGAUGGACCUCACGUCGCUGACCUAGUGCCCUCCAUGGUGAACCUCGGGAAGGUCAAACUGCACAUCGGCGUGGACUACGAUGAUGCACGGGAGAACUACAGAGUGUCCAUCUGCCACACCAUGAGGCUGCUGCUGCAUCACAUCCUGGAACACACGGAGGACGACACCAAGUCGCUGUUUGUCGUCAUUAAGAUCAUCAGCGACCUCAUGUUUUUCCGAGGCACUCGCAAAAAGGAGUUUGACUCGCGCUGGAAGAGCUUCACUCUUGUCAAGAAGUCCAUGGAAAACCGGCUUCACGGGAAUAAGCAGCACAUUCGGGCGCUGCUCGUCGACCGCGUUCUGCUGCAGCACGAGAUGAGGAAACUGGUGGUCGAGGGCAGAGAGUAUAAAGAAGUCCACCAGAAGCUGCUGUGUGAUCUUCUGCUGCUGUCCACCAGCACCUACAGCCAGGUCCGGAGCAGGGCCCAGAAUGUGCUGACCACCGCACUGAUCACCUUCAGCUUCUCCCACCGAGACAUGAUACCCAGAAUUGUGCAACUGCUGUCCCCACAACACACGGACGGCACACAGCAGCAGUUGAAGGGGGCGCUGUACUGCCUUCUGGCGGCAUACAGCAGUGUUAGCCUGGUGAGGGACUGGGACUGCGUCGGCACCAUGUGGCCCGCCCUGGUCCGCUGUGGACUCUCGCCUGCGAUGACCCUGGAGGAGCACUCGGUGGGGCAGGUCCUGGAUGACAUCAUCGACAGGAUUCAUCGGCAGCACGACACCAUCGGCAUACUUUUCACUGUAUCAGAGAGUUGCGUGGAAAUAGCCAAACAAAUCGCACGCUCUAGGGAGACGGCCACCGUAGAGGAGCUGAAGGAGGGGCUUCAACGCCAGCAAAUCAGAAAUGUUGUAAAUGCACGGAAAUAUGAGAAGCUGGUUAAUGACCUCUUGGACUGCCUUGAAGACCGAGAGCUGCCCUGGAAGUUUGAGCACAUGGCCACAGAUUUGUUGUCUCUACUGCUGAGGGAUGAUCACCCGCUGCCGCCGGACGCCGUCCUGUACUUCACUCAGGGCCUGGUUCAUGACUCCAUUAGCAUACGCAAGGUUUCAAUUGCUGCAAUGGCUGGGAUCCUAAAACAGCUCAAGAGACCCAGAAAAAAAGUAGCAGUGAAGCCAUCAGAUAUUGGGGGCGUGGCCGAUCCUGAGGGCUGGUGGGCAGGGGACCGCCAGGCCAAUCGCUGGCUGCAGUACAACAGCAACAACCUGCCCCUCAGCGAGGAGCAGUGGGACUCUCAGCUACACGUGGAGAAAACACACGUGGGCUACUACUCCUGGCCAAGAGAAAUGAUGAUCUAUGCACCUUCGCAAAAGCUUAAAGAUGACCUGCCCUAUGAGGAGAUGAGCGAAGCCGAAAAGAUCAUCUCUGAAUAUUUCUCUGACCCGGAGUUCCUUGAGCAGCUUAUAGAGUUUCUCUCUUUAGAGGACCGCAAAGGAAAAGACAGCUUCAACCCACGACGCUUCUGUCUCUUUAAGGGCCUGUUUCGUAACUAUGGCGACGUCUUCCUGCCGCUCCUGUGGCCCCACCUGGAGCAGCUGGCGGCCGAUCCCCACGAGAGCUCGCAGCGAUGUCUCUGCGAAAUCACGGCCGGACUCAUCAGAGGCAGCAAACUGUGGAGUUUCAGCAAGGUGGAUAAGUUGUGGCAACUUCUGUGCCCGCUGAUCAGCACGGCCUUGACCAACAUCACCAUGGAAACCUUCACUGAUUGGGGAACUUGCAUCGCCACUGCUUGUGAGGGGCGGGACCCCAGGAAGCUCCACUGGCUCCUUGAGCUCCUGAUGGAAAGCCCGCUCGUCGGCGAGGGAAGCUCCUUCCGAGAUGCCAGUCUGCUGUACGUGCUUCAAGGCGGGCUGGCCCAGCAGCAAUGGCGGGUGUCAGAACUGCUGCACAGGCUGCUGGCUUACCUGGAACCUAAACUCACGCAGGUGUACAAGAAUGUGCGGGAGCGCAUCGGCAGUGUGCUGACCUAUAUCUUCAUGAUGGACGUGGCCCUGCCCCACACGCAGCCCACCUCCUCCCCCCACGUGGCAGACUUCGUCACUCGGGUCCUAGAGCGGCUCAAGCCCCUCACGUCAGAGGCGGAGAUCCGCACCCACGUGCACGAGGAGAACACCCCGGAGACGGAGGACGAGCACACCCAGGCUGUCAAGCUGCUCAAAACGGUCUUAAAAUGGUUGAUGGCCAGCGCGGGGCGAACUUUCACCACGCCGGUUCAGCAGCAGCUUCAACUGCUGCCUCUGCUCUUCAAAAUUGCCCCGGUGGAGAUUGAUGAGAGUUAUGAUGAGAUGAAGCAGGAUGCUCGCACGUGCCUCUCUCUGAUGUCCCAGGGCCUGCUCUAUCCUCAGCACAUCGCUCUUGUCCUGGCAGCUCUGGAAGAGAUGGCAGGCAGCAAGUCAUGGCAUGCACGCUACUCGGUGCUGACCUACCUGCAGGUUAUGGUCUUCUACAACUUAUUUACGCUGCUCAGCGUGCCUGUGGAGGUGCAGCGCAUACGUAAGAUGGUGAUGCGCCUGCUGCUGGACGAGCAACUCGAGGUGAGGGACAUGGCGGCCACUACCCUGAGCGGUUUGCUGCAGUGCCACUUCUUCCCUCUCGACCGCAUGCUGCAGACACAACUCCAGACGCUGAGUCAGAUGCGCCUCCCCAAGGCCAGAGGAGAGCUGACUUCUACAGAUUUGGUGCGGCGUCACGCCGGAGUGUUGGGACUCGGCGCGUGCAUCCUGUCCAGCCCUUACGACGUCCCCGCCUGGAUGCCCCAGAUCCUCAUGGACUUGAGCGACCACCUCAACGACCCGCAGCCCAUCGAGAUGACGGUGAAGAAGACCUUGUCGGAGUUCAGGCGCACGCACCACGACAACUGGCAGGAGCACCGCCAGCGCUUCACCGACGACCAGCUGCUGGUCCUCACCGACCUGCUGGUGUCGCCGUGCUACUACGCCUAGACGCCGACGCUUUUGUUCGUCCGAUCUGUCACGCUGACAUUUUGACGACGGGGGCGUGCCUGUGAGAAAAUGCUGAGUCGGCGUUGGAUUGCAGGUGUCAUGCACUUUUAAGAACAGAUGUCAUAUUUCUGGCCAUGCUUGUACUGUACUUACUGUACAGCAUUAUUAUACAGAACAUGUGAUAUUCAUCCUUUCAUUAUGGAAUAUGGACAAUACAUAUUUUAUUUAUACUCUAAUGUUAGAGUAUAGGACUCAGAUGCAGAGGUGGGGAGUAAUAUGGCGGGCUUUUAUUUUGAAAAGUUUUUAGGUCUGCAAUUAUUCCACAUCAAAUAUUCCACUUCGAAAGUUUUUGGGGAGGAAAUGUUGCAUAUUUUUUAGUUAUUGUCAUAAAAAUGGGUUGUUUUAUUUUUUUUAAAUCAAAAAUAGCGUAAAACAUGAAAAAAUUAUAUUGACAGAUCUGAAUAAAACAUUAUUAAUGUCAUAAAACAUGAAUUAAAAAAAAAAUCAACAUUAGUAUUUAUUUUUAUUUGUCAUGUUUUACGCUAUUUUUGGUUUAAAAAAAAAAAACGUAAUUUUUAUGGUGGAAUAUUUGAUGUGAAAUAAUUGUAGACCUAAAAACACUUAAAAUUUACGUUUUUAUUUUUGUUUUGUUUUUAACAAAAAUAGCAUAAAACAUGAAAAAAUUAUAUUGACAGAUCUGAAUAAAACAUUAUUAAUGUCAUAAAACAUGAAUUAAAAAAAAAAUCAACAUUAGUAUUUAUUUUUAUUUUUCAUGUUUUACGCUAUUUUUGGUUUAAAAAAAAAACGUAAUUUUUAUGGUGGAAUAUUUGAUGUGAAAUAAUUGUAGACCUAAAAACACUUAAAAUUUACGUUUUUAUUUUUGUUUUGUUUUUAACAAAAAUAGCAUAAAACAUGAAAAAAUUAUAUUGACAGAUCUGAAUAAAACAUUAUUAAUGUCAUAAAACAUGAAUUACAAAAAAAAUCAACAUUAGUAUUUAUUUUUAUUUUUCAUGUUUUACGCUAUUUUUGGUUUAAAAAAAAAACGUAAUUUUUAUGGUGGAAUAUUUGAUGUGAAAUAAUUGUAGACCUAAAAACACUUAAAAUUUACGUUUUUAUUUUUGUUUUGUUUUUAACAAAAAUAGCAUAAAACAUGAAAAAAUUAUAUUGACAGAUCUGAAUAAAACAUUAUUAAUGUCAUAAAACAUGAAUUAAAAAAAAAAUCAACAUUAGUAUUUAUUUUUAUUUUUCAUGUUUUACGCUAUUUUUGGUUUAAAAAAAAAACGUAAUUUUUAUGGUGGAAUAUUUGAUGUGAAAUAAUUGUAGACCUAAAACACUUAAAAUUUACGUUUUUAUUUUUGUUUUGUUUUUAACAAAAAUAGCGUAAAACAUGAAAAAAUUAUAUUGACAGAUCUGAAUAAAACAUUAUUAAUGUCAUAAAACAUGAAUUAAAAAAAAAAUCAACAUUAGUAUUUAUUUUUAUUUUUCAUGUUUUACGCUAUUUUUGGUUUAAAAAAAAAAAACGUAAUUUUUAUGGUGGAAUAUUUGAUGUGAAAUAAUUGUAGACCUAAAACACUUAAAAUUUACGUUUUUAUUUUUGUUUUGUUUUUAACAAAAAUAGCAUAAAACAUGAAACAAUUAUAUUGACAGAUCUGAAUAAAACAUUAUUAAUGUCAUAAAACAUGAAUUAAAAAAAAAUUCAACAUAAGUAUUUAUUUUUAUUUUUCAUGUUUUGCGCUAUUUUUGGUAAAAAAAAAAAAAAAAACGUAAUUUUUAUGGUGGAAUAUUUUAUGUGAAAUAAUUGUAGACCUAAAAACACUUAAAAUUUACGUUUUUAUUUUUGUUUUGUUUUUAACAAAAAUAGCAUAAAACAUGAAAAAAUUAUAUUGACAGAUCUGAAUAAAAUAAUGUCAUAAAACAUGAAUUUAAAAAAAAAUUCAACAUAAGUAUUUAUUUUUAACAAAAAUCAUAUUUGAUGACAAUAAUAAUGUUCUAUUCAGAUCUGUCAAUAUUAUUUUUUCAUGUUUUACGCUAUUUUUGAUUUUUUUUUUAAAUAAAACAACCCAUUUUUAUGACAAUAACUAAAAAAAAUGCAACAUUUCCUCCCAAAAAAAAC